AUGACCAACAACACGGCCGGCGAUAGACCCCGCCUGCGCUACCCUCAAAUCCAGACCACACGCGCGCGUGCCCAGCCUUCAAGGUUCAACUGCAGCGACGACGGCCACGUCAAGUACUUCUGUGGCGAGUACUACGACGACUACAGGUGUUGGGUAUUUAAGCCGGGGCAAGCCACGCCCCGGUGCAAGAAAUCGACGAAGACGAAGGGCACGCGCAGAAACCACGCCGUCAGGCUGCCAAAAUCCGUCGCUGCCCCUGCCGUUCUCCGCCGCGUCGCCGCCGUGCGUCGAUUCCGGCCGUUCUCAGCCGCGCCGCUGCCGUGCGCGUCGAUUCCGUCGUUCUCCGCCGCCGCUGAACCUGAAGUGGCCGCCCGCGUCGCCGCCGUGCCCGCUGCGUCCUCCUCUGCUCCUCGACGCCGGCGUCCGCGCUCCUCGUCGCCGCCCGCGUCGCCUGCGCUCCUGCCCGUGCCCGACGCGCCGCGGUGCUCGCCGUUCGCCGUCACCUGCCUCGGCCCUCCUCCUGCAGGUACUUUUGGAUUUCCCAUCUUCACUUCAACCACAUCAGGCAUAUCUACAUCCAUGGAAGAAAGACUUUUCUCCAGAGCUUCUGCUGGAGCCAAGAACAUCUUCUUCAGCUCUAGCAUAAUCUCGUAUGCAGUUUGCUUCUCAAACCCUCUCUGAAAAACUGGUUCUAGAGUGGCGAGAAUUCCAUGCUUGAUGGUUAUGUAGUGAAGAUGACGUUUCUCAUACAUAUAAAUGUCAUCUUGAGAUCCAAAAUCAGGUCGGUCACCUUCCGGACUGUUGAUCACAUA